AUGGAACUGAUGCUCCCAGGUGCUGACAUGGGGUCCCAGAAGGACUCUUUCCCCCUGAGAAGAAGGCAUCACUACCUCCACGUCCGGAGAAAACUGAGGCCCAUAAGGAUUCUAGCUUUCGUCCUUAGCAUCGUGACCCUCAGCACGGUCUUCUCAUUGGGUGCCUUCCAGUGGACUACUUCUUCUACUGGGCGUGAUGGAAAUGGAGGGGAUCUACUUUCCUCCUCCCCUGCUGCUUUGUCUGGGGGAGACCUACUGCAGUCGGCCCCCCACAGAACUCUGCUCACCACCAAGCACCAGGGAGGCCACAACGUCUCUAUGAUGGAGGACAUGCCCGUGGCCAUGAAGUCGUCCAUGGACGAGGUGAACCAGGGGGACUACCCCACGGAUCUCUUCAACUUGGAGGAGAGAAGGCAGGGGGCCGUCUGUCUGCACAUGUUCGGGAUGUUGUACAUGUUCAUCGCCUUAGCCAUUGUGUGCGACGAGUUCUUUGUCCCGGCCCUGACUGUGAUCACGGAGAAACUACAGAUCUCGGACGACGUUGCCGGGGCGACCUUCAUGGCGGCCGGGGGUUCUGCCCCGGAACUCUUCACCUCCGUCAUCGGGGUGUUCAUCUCCCACAGCAACGUGGGCAUAGGAACCAUUGUGGGUUCAGCCGUGUUCAACAUCCUGUUUGUCAUCGGGAUGUGCGCCCUGUUCUCCAGGGAGAUUCUCCAGUUGACCUGGUGGCCCCUCUUUAGAGACGUCUCCUUCUACAUCAUUGGUCUGUUGAUGCUCAUCCUGUUCUUUUUGGAUAACCAGAUCUUUCUGUGGGAAAGUAUCGCCUUGCUGAUGUGCUACUUGAGUUAUGUGACCUUUAUGAAGUUCAAUGCAGAUGUAGAGACCUUCAUAAAGAGUAAAUUGGGCCAGAAUCAAGUGGAAGAGGUGGAGGCCGCUCCUAAGUUGGAGUCUGAUUCAUUGCUCUCAGAUGUUAUAUACUCAGAGUCACACUCUUACGGAGCACAGGCAAGCACAGGGGACGUCGAAAACAAGUUGACGGCCAAGCCCCGUCUCCAGAGAGGAGGAUCAUCAGCCUCCCUCCACAACACCCUGAUGAGGAAUAGCAUCUUCCAGCUCAUGAUCCACACACUGGACCCCCUCAGUGAGGGUGAGGGACUGGGGGGGCGAUUCAAAGAGAAGGCAUCCAUUCUUCACAAGAUGGCCAAACAGAAAUGUCAAGAUGGUGGGGACGGGGAAAAACCCAACGGUGUCGCAGACAAAAGCAUCCCCAACAGUUCCAACGUGACAGUGGAAGUCACUUCGCCUGCGAACGGCGACAUAGGACCGGUAGGCUUUGAGGAGGAGGAGGAAGAUGAGGACGCUCCUCUGAGUUUGGCGUGGCCGGAGACGAACCGCAAACGAAUAACAUAUCUCCUUAUCCUCCCCAUCGUCUUCCCUCUGUGGCUCUCUCUGCCGGAUGUCAGGAGAGAGACUUCCACAAAGUUCUUCCCCAUAACCUUCAUUGGUUCAAUCUGUUGGAUUGCUGCCUUCUCCUACCUCAUGGUAUGGUGGGCUCAUCAGGUUGGAGAGACCUUCUGGAUUACAGAGGAGAUCAUGGGAUUGACCAUAUUAGCAGCUGGUACCUCAAUCCCUGAUCUAAUCACCAGUGUCAUUGUAGCCCGGAAAGGCCUUGGUGACAUGGCUGUGUCCAGCUCUGUGGGCUCCAACAUAUUUGACAUCACCGUGGGCCUGCCGUUCCCUUGGCUCAUCUACGGCCUAAUCAAUGACUUCAAGGCGGUGCAGGUGAGCAGCAACGGCCUGUUCUGCGCCAUCGUGCUCCUCUUCCUCAUGUUGCUCUUCGUCAUCAUCUCCAUCGCUGCCUGCAAGUGGAAGAUGAGCAAGUUGCUGGGAGGCCUCAUGUUUUUACUGUACAUCUUCUUCCUGGUAACCAGCGUCAUGCUGGAAGACAAGAUCAUCGUGUGUCCCAUCUCCAUCUGA